CUCAGUGAUUGGCUGGUUUGUGGCUGGCGUGGGUAAUGUGUUGGGGAAAGAGGACGGCGCCUUGCUUGAAUUUAAUUGGUGCUAACUAUGAUGAUUCACGGUUUUAAAAGCAGUAAUCAAGACUUUAACUUUGGACCAUGGAAGGUCACUGCUAUCAAGACACAUAUUAUGAAGUCAGCUGAUGUGGAAAAACUGGCUGAAGAAAUGCACAUGCCGUGUCUUCCUGAGAUGAUGUUUGGAGACAAUGUCCUCAGAAUCCAGCACUCCUCUGGUUUUGGUAUAGAAUUCAAUGCUAAAGAUGCUCUCAGAAGAGUGAAUAAGAAGGAGGGUGCUCUAAGGGUAGCUUGUGCUGAAGAGUGGCAAGAAAGCAGGUCAGAAAACGAUCAUAGCAAAGAAAUUGUAAAACCCUAUGAUUGGACUUACACAACUGACUAUAAAGGGACAUUGCUCGGUAAUGACCUAACAUUUAAUGUUAUUCCAACAACUGAACGAAUUAACACAGAAAAAUUGAAGACCAGAGAACAAAUUAUGUUCUUUGAGGAGGUUUUGUUGUUUGAAGAUGAGCUUCAUGAUCAUGGAGUGUCUGGCUUGAGCGUUAAAAUCAGAGUCAUGCCUUCCAGUUUUUUCCUUCUUCUUAGAUUCUUCCUGAGAGUGGAUGGUGUUCUUAUGCGGAUGAAUGAUACACGACUUUAUUAUGAAAGUGACAAAAUGUACAUGCUGAGAGAAUACACCUCCAAGGAGAGCAAAGUCAGCGACCUAAGUCAUGUACCCCCUCCUCUUUUCACAGAGCCUAAUGAGAUCUCUCAAUAUUUGCCUGUGACGGAAACAGUUUAUGAAAAGUUAGAGUUCCCAUUUAUACCGCAGGAAGAGACAAGUGACUCUCCUAAUUCAACACAUACCCAAGCACCAUAAAUUCUUUGUAGAGUAAAGCUGAUCUGAAGUGAACACCAAAAAAAGUAAUUGUGAAUAGGAAGAAAUGUUGAUUCCAUUUCAUCAAAGCACAAUUGUAGUCCCAUAGAGAUUCCAAUUGUUUACAAGUGAUUCUGCAAUACAAGAUGCCUUAGUAUGUCACCAUAUAUUUUCAUUGUAGGCCAUUUUUAGAGAGUUUCCAUACUAAAAAUGUGUACAGUUCAUAGAAAAUAACUGGUGAUGGUGGUGGAAGAUGCCUGCUUACUAGUGACUUCACUUAAUGGUCAAGUGUCCAGACACCUGAGGUUUUAUCUGUAUGUGUAUAAUCUUUUCAGGUUUUUUUUUUAACUUUUGCAUAUGAAAUCAGCCACGUAUACUGCAUUCACAUAUCCCUUCAUAUAGAUAACCUGUGCUAGAGCUUUUCAAUGAAUGGCAGAAACCUUUGCAUGCUAUUUAGUAAACAUUGUCCACCCAAAAUGUAUUUCUGUGAUCUUGAAAUUGUUUACUCAGUGGACUGAAAUUAAAUGUUAAACAUUUUAUUUGC